GUGUGUGUGUGUGUGUGUGUGUGUGUGUGGGCGUGUCCUGGCGUAGUGUUUCGCCUCCACCUGCGCUUUAAGAGCUCCGGACCCUGCGUGCGCUUCUCACUCGCGCUCACCCACACACCCCUUCGUGCAGUAUGUAUGAGUCCGGCCGCUCGCUCUCGCUCCCUCUGCGCGCGCCACUGCUAUUGCGCGCUCCCGCAGGUUUGGAACGCGCCUUCCCGCGGACGCCGAAGUGCGCGCGCUGCCGGAACCACGGCGUCCUGUCCGCGCUGAAGGGCCACAAGCGCGCGUGCCGGUGGCGGGAUUGCGCGUGCGCGCGCUGCGCUCUGAUCGCCGAGAGGCAGAGGGUGAUGGCGGCGCAGGUGGCGCUCAGGAGGCAGCAGGAGCAGGAGAGCAAGAGCAGGACGGAGGGAUACGGUGACCCACUGAACUCAUACAUGUUUAACGGCUUCCUGAUCACGUCCCCGGCAGCCCCGCUGACCUCUCCAGCGUCCAACAGCCCUGUUCUCCCCGGGGAGCCUGUUAAAACGAGUGGGAGCGUGUCUCCCGGCCUCGACCGGCUGUCUGACCGCACCUCCAGCCCUCCAUCUCUCACAUCUUCUGACCAAGAGUCAGGAAGCGAAUGUGAAAAGAUAAAAGCUGCCUCUCCUGACCUGCUGAGCCCGGUGGUGUCCAGCAGGGAACGGGACCCGACCCAGAUUCUGCUGAAGAUUUUUCCUCAUCUCAAACCAGACACUGUGGAAUCAACACUGAGGUCAUGUGCUGGAGACAUUGUGAAGGCCAUCGAAGCUCUUCUGGCCUCCAAAGAUGAAGCACUCACACCACUAUCUGAAAGUCCAUCUCCUUCCAUCACCAGGAACCUUCUGGAAUCUCCAGAAAGUUCAGGAACCCUCAGCUCCAGCUCCGCUUUCUCUCCUUUACACACCUCAGCCACUAAAGCGUUGGCCAGCGACAGCGUGUAUGGGUUGAGUCCUCGUUUUGGGAUCAAUCCGCUUCAUCUAGCCUACUCUGCUUCAUCCACCAGAGGCGCUUUACCCAGUUUUAUAUCGCCGUAUCUUCCUGGACUGCUGCCAGCUUUUCCUCUCCGCACUCCUCUUCAUUACUCUUUCCCUGGGAUGUCAGGCGAACUGCCCUAUCAGGGCAAAGACACUUUCACCGCCACAGGCCUUUACUCCUCUCUCAGCCAUGGAAAAUAAAGCUGUUAUUAUUACCAUUCUUCUCACAAUCAGCCUCUGAAUCGAACUGGCCAAUUAUUAAAGGUGUUAGAAAGGGUCAUUUGGAGGGGGGAAAUAGUCGAACCACUUUUGGCUUCCUAAAGAAGCUUUCACUGGACGAUUCCUUAAAGAACCACUUUUGGAAAUGAACCUAUUUAAGAACCUCCACAUAAAGUAAUAUUUUUCAAGGAUUGUAUGUCAGUGCCAAGAAUCACAAUUCAUAGUAGUUACUGAUUAAGUCUAAAGCUCAUAACGAUUCCGUUUGAUUGCAGCUCUUUAGAAAACAAUUCAAUAGACUAUAAAAUCUCAUAUGUCUCAGUGAUAUUAUUAGAUUCAGGAUUAUUGUUUUGGGAUUAAUAAGAACUUUGUAAAAUACCAUUUUUACGUGUUGAAAAAAGCUAAAGGUUGUUAUUUUGGAGGAAAAUGAGCACACAAAUAUGAUUAUAAUAUUAGUGCAAUAUUAAUGUUAUUAUAUAUUCAAUCUUAAUGUUCCAAAAAUAAAUGCAGUUGAAUUAGCACCUUCCGAUCACUGCAUUAUUACAGCACUACUGUUUUUAUUGGCCAAGUAAGAUAUUACUCAGAGGUUUUGAUCUGUGAGCUACUGAUUUACACAUGUAUUAAUGUUCUGCAAUUAUAAAGCAAUAAUAUGUGUUGUCAACAAUGUAUAAAUGCACCAAUAUUGCCUUGAAAUGUAGCAAACAUUGUAUUUUUGUACUUUAAAUUUUGCUUUCCAGUCUCAGUUUGCCAUUGUUAUCUUUAUAUUUUCACAUUUCAUGAAUAAAACAUUCACAUAAAAAAAAAAUGAAAUCCA